GCACUUGGACUCUUGGAGGUUUAUCUAGGUCCUGAAUAGUAUUACUUUUGGGACAACAGUAGAUAAGUCCCCAUAUUUCUUACUAACAGCGGGAAAAACAGAAGGGGGGGGGGAAACCUCUGAAUUGAAAUGAGAAAAGCUCAUUUGUCUCAGUAGGCAAGUACACAGCAGGGCGUGUUAAAAGAGAUUUCGGAUGUGUGAAAGCAAAGGGAAAGGGCGACUCAAAGGCGCACCUACGUUUCCGCCGCUCGGAAGAAUCGCCUCGGAAUACGCCAGACCGCCCGCCCGCUCUCCGCCCCAGUGUCAAUGCUUGGUUUUUGGUCUCCUUAGGCCUCCGUAAGUGAAAGAGGAGAAUAGUGUGGUGCCCCGCUGUCCUUCAACUUGGGCUCUAGGCGCUUUCUUACCAUGUUGGGUCUCCGCGUGGGCUCCGUCCUUGGCCGCCUCUUCAGACGAGCAGCAGCGGCAGACCCUUUCCGCGCCCAGCCAAAUGUGUUUCAAGCUUGUUCAUCUUUUGCUACGGGACCCAGACAGGAAGUUGGCACUAUCUAUGAACUUCGUACUUAUGACCUUAAGCCAGCAAAGACAAAGGAGUUUCUUGAAUUGGUCAAUAAAUAUAUUAAGAUUCGUAUGGUUCACUCACCGAUGAUUGGAUUCUGGACAGCUGAAUUUGGGGCAAUGAAUAAAGCAUUUCAUAUUUGGAAAUACGAUAACUUUGCACACAGAGCAGCUGUAAGGAAAGCUAUAAUCAAUGAUAAAGAAUGGCAGGAAAAACUAGCGGCAAUUCUUCCACUUCUGGAUAAGCAGCAUAUGGAAAUUGCUUACAUGGUCCCCUGGUGUGAGUUGGGAACCCCACCAAAAGAAGGAGUUUAUGAGUUGGUGACUUAUCAGCUGAAACCAGGUGGUCCAGCUUUAUGGGGAAAUUCAUUCAAAGCAGCUAUUGAUGCACAUGUUAGCAAAGGCUAUGCAAAACUGAUUGGCUUCUUCCACACAGAAUAUGGAUUUCUUAAUACAGUUCAUGUGCUUUGGUGGUUUGAAAAUCCAGAUAUCAGGGCAGCUGGGAGGCAUAUGGCCCAUGAAGAUGCCAGAGUGGUAGCAGCUGUUCGGGAGAAUAUUCAGUUCUUGGAAACCCAGCGAAACAUGCUCCUGAUUCCUGCAUCGUUUUCACCUUUGAAGUAGUUUUAUUCCAGUUGAACAAGAUUCAAAUUAUGAGUAAAUAAGGACAGUACAGAAUAUCUGUACUGAAAUGUUUAGACCGGAGAAUAAAAAAAAUGGAUAUGUCUAAAAUAAUAAUU